AUGACAACCGCAGCACCAGAGCACGCGGCCUCUCCACCGCCUCCGCCGUCAGACAACGAGCCCGUCUACGGUGGAUUCACACGCUUCGAGAUCGAGCUCGAGUUUGUCCAAUCCCUCGCGAACCCGCUGUACCUCAACCACCUCGCGACGCAGAAGCUCCUCAACCGUCCCGAAUUCGUCGCCUACCUCGCCUACCUGCAGUACUGGUCCCGACCGCCGUAUCUCAAGUACCUCAUGUAUCCCGGCCCGACGCUGAAGCACCUCGAGCUGCUGCAGCAGGAACAGUUCCGGGUGGACAUCAUCAGCCCGGAUCUCGUUCAGCGACUGGUGGACGAAGGCAUGAAGGCGGCGAUUGACUGGCAUCGAAGCGAUGCGUGA